AAAGAGCCAUUAAAACAGUACGAGGAAGGACAAGUACCUUGGAAUAAGGUUGGAAUUGACCUUUUCGAGAUCAAGGGAAGAGAUUAUCUAGCCACGGUUGACUGUUUCUCGUGUUUCAUAGAAGUUGACCACCUAAGCACUGCCACAAGUAAACAGAUAAUCAUCAAACUCAAAGGACAUUUUGCAAGAUAUGGCAUACCAAGUGAAUUGGUAACUGAUUGUGCAUUACGUGGUUCACAAUUUAUUUCCUGCGAGUUCAAGACCUUCACCAAACACUGGGGAAUUAAGCAUGUAACAUCGUCACCCCUCCAUCACCAAUCGAAUGGAAAAGCGGAAGCUGCGGUUAAAACUAUAAAGCUAAUGAUGAAGAAGUCACUGCGGGACAACGCUGAUCAAUAUGAGGCUUUACCCGAACUGAGAAACACGCCACGCCAGGGUACUGGACAAAGUCCAGCUAAAAUGAUGUUUGGUCGAGCAACACAAUCAUUCCUACCAGCCAUAUCGAACACAAAAUCAGAACGGGCGAGAAAUGCAACACAGAAGGGAGCCAAACACCGCCUUCUGGUUAAGCAAAGUUAUGACAAAGGCGCUCGAGACCUGAAACAACUGUCACCUGGUUAG